UCUACAGUUGAUGAGAAUGUAGUUUUAAAAAAAAGACUUAGCAAUAACAACAGCUGAAGGCUGAUGGCGAUUCAAAUCUAGCAGCAGUCAGCUGGAGCAGGCCCAAUACCUACCAGAGACCAAUGUGGCACCAAGAGAAUGCAAAAUUAGAAUGCACUUCCUCUCCAGACAUGGAACCUACAUUUGGGGGAGGACUGCUGGACAUGGUGAAAGGAGGAGCAGGACGACUUUUCAGCAACUUAAAGGACAACCUUAAAGACACCUCAACAAAGGUGAUGCAAUCUGUAGCGAGUUAUGCCAAAGGAGAACUUAAUAUUUCUUACAUUACAUCACGGAUCAUAGUAAUAUCUUAUCCUGCUGAAGGAGUGGAAUUGAGUUUCAAGAAUCAAAUUGAUGAUGUACGAUCCUUUUUGGAUUCACGGCACCUGGAUCAUUAUACGAUCUUCAACUUAUCUCAGAAAUCUUAUAGAAGUGCCAAGUUUCACAAUAGAAUAUCUGAAUGCAGCUGGCCAGCCCGUCAAGCCCCCAGUUUACACAAUUUGUAUGCGGUGUGUAAGAACAUGCAUCACUGGCUACAGCAAAACCCUAAGAACGUCUGUGCUAUUCACUGUGUGGAAGGCUGUCCUGCCUCUGCUAUUUUAGUUUGUGGGAUGUUCUGCUUCUGCCAUCUUUUCUCUUGCCCAGUUCCAGCAAUCCAGUUAUUUAAUAUAAAAAAAGCAGGGCCUGCACUUUGGCCUUCACACAAGAGAUAUAUAGGAUAUAUCUGCGAAAUGGUUUCUGAAAAACCCACGCUUCCACAUUGCAAACCUCUCAUCAUUCAUACUGUCACUGUGAGCCCAGUCCCAUGUUUCAAUAAACAGAGGAAUGGCUGCCGACCUUUCUUUGAGGUCUUUAUUGGGGAAACGAAGAUCUUUUCAACUGCACAGGAUUAUGAUAGAAUGAGGGAACACCGAAUUCAGGAGGGGAAAGUAUUUGCUGCUUUGGAUGUUAGUGCCCAUGGUGAUGUCGUUAUCGCUGCCUUUCAUAUGCGAUCAACAAUUGGUGGAAGACUUCAAGCCAAGUUAACAAACACACAGAUAUUCCAGAUCCAAUUCCAUACUGGAUUCAUUGCUCCUGGAACCUCUGUAUUAAAGUUUACAAAACCAGAGUUAGAUGCCUGUGAUUCUCCAGAGAAAUAUCCUCCAUUGUUUCACGUUAUACUGGAAGUAGAGGUUGAAUCUUCCGAUAAACGCUUUGACUUGACACCUCCCUGGGAGCAUUUGAACACCAAAGAUCUUACACCCAACACACUAUUCUCCAGCCACCACGAACAUCAAGAAACAUUAGCUGCAGGUAAAGCUGCUUUAGAUACUGUGGUUGAAGUGGAAACCUCAUCAGAUAACAUAAAGAGCACAGGACAAAGCACGUUUUUUCCAACCCUUAACUGGCAAGAAACAAAAGGUGAUAAGAAUGGUACUAAUCCUUCCUCUGAAGACCGAACAGCGCUCAUGAAUGAGGAUAGUGAGCCAUCAGAUGAUGAACUACUGUCCCUUUCAAGCCAACACAGUACUACCAGUGUGGAAAAACAGCAUGGGACGCCAAAAAGUGCCAAAAAGCAGGCACUCUCUCGAUCAUCGGCACCUGAAAGUGUCGAUCUUCUUGAUUUCAAUGGAGGUGCAACAAGCCAGACCUUUACAACUACUGCUCCAGCCAAGCCUCUGCCAACUAACUCUGACCUACUCAGUGACUUGUUUGGUAGCACCUCUUCCAUUCCAUCAACGCAGGGUAGUAGUGGUGCUCCAGGCUCAGCACAUUCUACCCCUCGUAGGUCUGCAGGCUCUCCUUCUUUAUCAUCAUCACCAAAAAUUAAUGAAGGAACAGCAUUUGAUCCAUUUGACUCUCAAGCCAAGCAACAGAAUCAGGAUUUACUUGGGGUUUUCCUCAAUCGGAGUGGUGCAGGUUCUCCAGUUGGACAAGCUGACCCUUUCAGUCAAACAGCCAGGACACCAUCUCCAACUCCACAAAGCACUGCUGGUGAUCCUUUCAGUAUGGGUAGAGUUUCCCCUGGUCCGCCAUGUACUCCAACUGUGUCUGUUCAACCAGAUCUAAUGGGAGGAUGGGGCUUGGGAUCCUCAAAUCUACCUGGAGGUUCAACAACUUGGGCAAACAAAUCCGCUCCUUCGGGUGGAGUUGGGGGUGCCAGCAGAUCAGCAAAUACCAGUCCUACCAGCUCAUUACAUUGUACUCCAACUCAUCAGCGGAAGCCACAGACACUGGAUCCAUUUGCUGACUUAAGUGCUCUUGGUGCCAAUUUAGCAGGUGGUCCAGCAUUUUCAAGUAAACCCACCACACCCACUGGAACAGCAGGAGGAUCUUUUCAACCAAUGGGCUCUCCGCAGAAACAAUCCCCUCAGCCAAUGGGAGGAAGUUCAUGGCAGCAGAAUACAGGAUUUGCUUGGCAACAAGGUUCAUCUACCUGGCAACAACCGCAAACAAAACCACAACCGACAAAGCCCCAGCAACCAAUACCGCAGUCAUCUCCACAGAAUAGACCGAACUAUAAUGUCAGCUUUACUGGUGUGAUUGGUAAUCGAGAUGAGCGUGGAUCACGCGGACCUACAUAUGGAACUCGACCAAAAGUUGCAGAUAGUAACUUUGAGGACUUGCUGUCAAGUCAAGGGUUUGCUUCUCAGAAGGAUAAGAAGGGUCCUAAGACAAUUUCUGAAAUGAGAAAGGAGGAGAUGUCCAAAGAAAUGGAUCCAGAGAAAUUAAAGUUAUUGGAUUGGAUUGAAGGGAAAGAAAGAAAUAUACGGGCGUUACUGUCAACAAUGCAUACUGUUUUGUGGGAAGGGGAGACCAAAUGGAAGCCUGUUGGCAUGGCAGAUCUUGUAACUCCUGAGCAGGUGAAAAAAGUCUAUCGGAAAGCAGUACUUGUUGUUCAUCCUGAUAAAGCCACUGGUCAGCCAUAUGAACAAUAUGCCAAGAUGAUAUUCAUGGAAUUGAAUGACGCCUGGUCAGAAUUUGAAAGUCAAGGUCAAAAGCCACUGUACUAAUUUAAUGGGAACUAUUUGCCUGUAUUUCUUGUUGACUCUGUAUCUGUGCUGAAUGUAUUUUCUUUUGCUUUAAUGUUGAUGUACGUGGUUUUUCUUCUUUAAAUCUGUAUGCAGGCACUUAUUCAUCACCAACUGUUUAAAUGCCACUCUCAACUUAAGAACUCCCUUUUUUUUAAAAUUUUAUUUAUCAGUUUAGUCUUUCGCAUGAUGUUUUGUUAAGAACAUUUUGAAAAUACAAAAGAAAAAUAAGAGUAUCUUUUCAGGUAAAGAUGACAUUUGGCCCUUAGCUUGUGAUUUUGAUUGCGAAGAAACAUGUAGCACACUGCCUAAUUCUUAUCUCUAUGCACAUCUCUUCACUCUACUCUGAAAUGUGUUUCAUGUGAUUUUGUCACAUUACAGCUGUACAUUUUUUUCAUUUGAAAUCAAUAGUUAAGAUUGUUACUAAUUGCUGGACAAUGUAACAUAAUUUGAGUCAACAUCAAAACAUAGAUAUUUAUGAUAAGCUUUACAAAAACAUAAAUAAAAUCACCUGAUAAUCAGUAUUACUCAUUUGCAACCUCAGUCACCAUCUGGUUUGAGGACUACUCAAGAUUGUUGCAAUAUGCUACUUUGUGAAUGAUGAUGUGGCUCUGUUUCCCACAAGUCAAUAAUGCUACUGUGAACAAUUUACCAAGGGAAUGAACAAGUGCAGCAUCACAAGAACAACAGCAAAUCAUACAGGACCAAUAAUUGUACUACUUGUAGAUGUCAUGAAAUCUUUUCAUCUGCUGCACAAGAGGUUGAAGUAACCAAUAAUGUUUCACUGGUUUAUUUUGCUGAAUUGAAGAAUAGCAUUGAUUCUCUGGAAGAUCAACUCUUAAACUGGAGGCUGGCAAUGAAGACUAGAUGUAUUGAACAAAAAUCUUUGAAAGAGUGUCUGCAAAUGGACAUUGGGCUGUUUUAUGACCACUCUUUGUGCAGAGGGUAAACUGAUUGUUUCAGACAGUUUCUCUUAUUUGGUUUAAUGGAAAAUUUCAGAUGUUAACUCCAAAGCAUUAUUCCAAAUAUUUUAUUUAAAGAUAUAUCAUUUGUUCAUAUGUACCAUACAUUAUUUAUUUGAACAUUCCAUUUUUAACAACUUGCAUUACGCUGCAGUCUGUGAUAUUACAGAAAAGUUAAAUGAUUUUAUUGUCCAUUCACAAAUGUGAAUCAUGUAGAUCAUUAACAUUACAGAAUAAAGGAGCUUCAGUGUGAUCUUUAUGCCUGCAUAUACAGUACAGAAAUUCUAUGUUAACCUUGAUCUAAUACUUGUUUGCUCUUGUGGGAUAGGGAGGGGAGGCAAGGGAGGGGUAGAUUGAGAGAAUAUUAAGUUAAUGAUGUAGUUUGUGUUUGCUACAUCUGACAACAACUUAUUUAAAUAUACCUAUUUAAAAUGUCUGUAAUUUGUAGAUUAUGGUCUUCAUUCCAACUUGUACAUAACAC